GCCGAGCGCUUCGGCCCAGGGGCUGGCAGCCACGAAGCCCUGCUAAGCAACGCCUCCGUCGUCGUGGGCCUUCAUCCAGACGAGGCCACAGAAUCGAUUGUGGACCUCGCCCUCAAAGCCGGUCGUCGCUUUGCUGUAGUUCCUUGCUGCGUUUUCGCGGAGAAGUUUCCAAGACGGGAGCUUGCACCAGGUGUACCCGUCCGAACCCUGAACCAGUUUUGCGCCUAUCUUCGUGCCAAAAAUCCGCGCAUCAAAGAAGCUCUUCUUGACUUCGAGGGGCGCAACAAGGUGCUAUACAUAGCCUGA